CGUCUCAUCACACCGCAAACAUCAACGCUUCAUUUCCCACUAAACAUUGCAAACCUUCCCUGUUCAUUUCUCAAAUGCCUUCAACCAAUUCUCCUAGCCUACCACUUCUUCCUAUCCUUCUAAGUGCUUACUUUCUUCUCACUGCUGCUGCUAACUUCAACCAAGACUUUCAGAUUACGUGGGGAGAUGGUCGUGCCAAAAUUCUCAACAACGCCAAUCUUCUCACUCUGUCUCUUGACAGAGCCUCUGGCUCUGGCUUCCAGUCCAAGAACGAAUACUUGUUUGGAAAGAUCGACAUGCAGCUCAAGCUCGUUCCUGGAAACUCUGCUGGCACUGUCACUGCUUAUUAUUUGCGUUCAGAAGGGUCAUCUUGGGAUGAGAUAGACUUUGAGUUCCUGGGAAAUCUGAGCGGUGAUCCUUACAUUGUUCAUACUAAUGUGUUCACACAAGGCAAUGGUAACAGAGAGCAGCAAUUCUAUCUCUGGUUUGACCCAACUGCAGAUUUCCACACAUAUUCGAUUCUCUGGAAUCCCCAGCGCAUUGUAUUUUCUGUGGAUGGAACCCCCAUCAGAGAGUACAAGAAUUUGGAAUCAAUUGGGAUUCCUUUUCCGAAGAGCCAACCCAUGAGGAUAUACUCGAGCCUUUGGAACGCUGAUGAUUGGGCCACAAGGGGUGGACUCAUCAAAACUGAUUGGUCGAAAGCUCCUUUCACUGCUUCCUACAGGAACUUCAAUGCCAAUGCUUGUGUUUGGAAUGCAGGAAAAUCCUCAUGUAAAUCAAAUUCUCCUUCCUCUGCUGCUCCUGCCACUAAUGCAUGGCUAUCACAAGAGCUGGAUUCAACUGCCCAGAAGAGGAUGAACUGGGUGCAGAACAAUUACAUGAUUUACAAUUACUGCAAGGAUAGGAAGAGAUUCCCUCAAGGCCUUCCACUUGAAUGCACACAUUCCUAGAACUGGAUUUCGAUCUUCCAAUUCCCACAACAAGUG